GGAAAAUGUUUCUGUGUUUCAGCGCAGCGUGGUCGUUUCUUCUCUGCUGUGGUUUGGUUUGUUCUGAAACUGGAGAAAAUCCAAAGUGUGGAUUAGUUAAACAGACAAAGAUUCAUCAGGAGAGUUACAGCAGAAAGUUCUGUGAUCCUUCCUUCAGCAACCAGACUGCAGGUGGACACCAGAGCUGCAGCUCCGGUUUCUACAGAGAGAAAAGUGGACCAAACAGAGGUCAGUGUGUGCCGUGUCGCUGUAACGGACUCUCCACUGAGUGUGACGAGCAGACGGGAGACUGUGUGAACUGCGGGUUCAACACCACUGGGAGCCGCUGUGACCGCUGUAAAGAGGGUUACUAUGGAAACACAGUCAACAGGACCUGUCAGGCCUGUCCCUGUCCUUUUACAUGGAACAAGUCGGCUUCUCUCUUCACUCACUUUUACAAACUUUAACUAUUUCUUUGCUCUGAUUUCUGAUUCUUCUUCCUGUCUCUUUGUAGUUUUGCGUUGGCGUGUCUGGACAUUG